GCUCUGACUUACCCUUACUGACCAAUGGGAUGAUCUCCUACAAUGGUGGUGGAUCCACUAACAACAGACCAGUGGACACUGUGGCCACCUUCAGCUGUGACACUGGAUACACUCUCAAUGGAGGCGUUAAUAAGACUUGUGAGAGUGAUGGAAUGUGGAGUGGGUUAGAUCCAACAUGUGAAGUCAUUAUAUGUCCUCUUCUACCGGCCAUUACCAAUGGCACCAUCUCCUACUCUCCUGAUGUCACCCCUGACCAUGACCUGGGAACUAAGGCAACCUACACUUGUGAGGCUGGGUUCUAUCUUGACGGUAAUGAGGUACAAGUGUGUAUGGAUGAUGAUGGAAUGGACGCCAUUGGAGUGUGGAGUGGUCAGGAGCCAAGAUGUGUCCGUAUCACAUGUUCUGCUCUCAUUAAUGUUAUUAAUGGGUCCAUCAGUUACCCUAGUGGUACUACUGCACCAUAUGACUAUGGAACGACAGCUACUUUUCAAUGCAACAUUGGACAUGUGUUAAUAAGUAGAGACAGAGUGAGGACCUGUACUGGUGAUGGUAGUACUCCUAGUAGUCUGUGGGAUGGUGCUGCUCCUCAAUGUCCACCUGUGGACUGUAACACUCCUCGGCCUAUUACCAAUGGAUCUCCUGGGAUACCAACAACCACAACAUUCACAGGGACGUUGACCUCCAGCUGUAGUGAUGGCUAUGCACUCUUUGGAAAUGCUACAAUUACCUGUCAGGCAAAUGCAACAUGGAGCAGAGCACCAAAAUGCAGGGGUAUCACUAUUGCUGGUAUCCAAUCUGGUGUGCCCAUCUUAAUUGGAGGUUCUGUUACCAUCACCUGCACCACUGACUCUCUUGCUGACUCAAUAAUGUUGCUCCGAGAUGACCAACCUCUUCACGGCACUAAUAAUAAUCAAACCGCCUUGACUUAUAACAUCUCUCUUGUAACUGACAGCAUCCAUGGAAACAUUUUCAAAUGUAAGGCCAUGUUGACGGAAAGAACCUACUUUUCAGACAUUGCCUUUGAUAUGGUUACCAUUUCCGUUAAGGUUCCCCAACAACCUAUUAUGUCUAUCAUUAGAACAUCUAUCCCUUCAACUCCACUAAUUGGAAAUAUGUACAUUGUGACUUGCACUGUGUCUAAGUUGCCUGGACUAACUCGCACACCAACUGCUCAGUGGAUGAAGGUUGCUUUGGGGACUAAAAUAAUCGGCAUGCCCACUCCUAAUGAAGCUGCUCUCACAUUCUCUCCACUGAGAACCUCAGAUGCUGGCAGAUAUCUUUGUUUGGGUAACCUCAAUACUACUGUUCAACCUGGACUCCUUUUGGACAGCAGCAUUUUCGAUAUAAUUGCUCAAAUGCCAGCACCAGCAGUGAACAUCUCAAGAUCUCCCUCUAGUUCAGCUUUGUUUGCAAACCUCAGUGUGGUAACAUUUACAUGUCAAGUGUCUAUACAUACAAACAUUGAUACUCCUAUCAAUCUGAGCUUGGCUUGGACUCGUGAGGUUUAUAGUAAUGAAGAUGAUACAACCACUGAAGUUAUCAUGGUGAAUAGUGCAACCAAAGUAAUCGAGAGAAGAUGGACCUUUAAUGAUUUAACUUCAAAGGACCAGAGAGUGACUUGCAAUGGAGAAUUAAGUUCAGCUAACAGUUUUAUUCAAGGCAUUAGCAGUAUGGCUGUAGACACGUUGUCUGUUGCUGGAGUGUUUCUCAUCAACGACAUUGCACUUAACGACAACAUGACCUCUGUACCAUCGAGGGAUGUACGUGUCAUACAGUGUCACUCUGACAAAUCAGAUACCUUCGAUGAAGACCAACAUGGAUGGACUUUCCCUAAUGGCAGUAAAGUUAUGGCAACAGAUGCACUGGCUGUUGCAACACGAGAGGGAGGACACCUGGCACUCACUCGAGUGGGGAACAGUUCCCUGCCAGCUGGAGAGUAUUGUUGCAAAGCUCAGGACGCCAGGGGAACCAACCACACCCUCUGUGUGCAUGUGGAGCCAGAACCAAGUGCCAGUGGUAUGGUUGGAGGGAUAGCUGCUGCGAUUGUAAUUUUGGUGAUUGCUCUACUGAUCAUUGGAGCAGUUAUUGUCAUUGUUGUCAGAGCUCGUAGAUCUAGAAAGCACACUUUCUCUGGCCUUGCGUUUGGUGGAGGGAGAGUCAAGCGUAAAUCUCUCUUCACUGUGAAAGUUGACCCCCUGACCCCAUUGGACAUACCCCUGGAUGAUCACAUUGACACCUUGACCCCUGAUGCAAAUAUGUAUGUGGGCGUGACCACCUUCAGUAAGGAACCGGAUAAAAAGGUUGAAGGAAAUCAGCAAGGAUCUGCACUUGGUACAAGCAGUUCAUUUUACACCACUGACUUCCCUGCUCAUGUGGACACAAUGCACGAGGACACAGACAAGCUCUUCGAGACUGAGUACACGUCCAUCAGCAAAGAGCCUCACUCUCCCAACAACGAGUCAAAGCUGCCCCACAACACAACCAAGAACAGAUUCGGAAACGUCUUCCCUUAUGAUUUCAACCGUGUUAAGUUGAAGCCUGUGAAGGACAUCAGAGGAUCAGACUACAUCAAUGCCAGCUACGUCAAUGGCUAUAUGACCAACACCAAGUACAUUGCUGCUCAAGGUCCUUUGCCCAAUACGCUGGAAGAUUUCUGGAAGAUGAUUAUGGAGAACAAACUGCGAACAAUUGUCAUGCUCACCAAAUGUUUUGAGGAGAGGAAAAAGUGUGAGUGCUACUGGCCCCUGAAGGACGACCAACCUCUUGAGAUGGGCUGUGGUAUCGUGGUCUCUCUGACCAGUAUGGUGGCCUUCCCCGACUUCACUGUCAGGAGAAUGAAAGUCAAUCAACCCACCCUUGGCUCGUCCCCUGUGUUUGAGGUGACUCUGUUCCACUACACCUCCUGGCCAGACCACGGUGUCCCCUCUAGUGGCAUGUCCCUCAUCUACUUUACUCGUGCUGUUCGUAAGACACACCCCCAGGAUGAUCCCCGCCCACUCCUCGUACACUGCAGCGCUGGUGUCGGACGAACUGGAACGUUCAUUGUCUUGGAUACGAUGUUGGAUCGUAUGGAGCAGGACGGGAUGAUACAUAUCUACGAUUGUGUUACUCAUAUUCGGAAACAGAGGGUGCUCCUCGUACAAACUCUGUCCCAGUACAUCUUCCUGCAUGAUGCCCUCAAGGAGCUCAUAGUGUGUGGGGAGACAGAGAUACCAGCACAUGUUCUCAUGACAACCGUCAACCAGCUCAAAGAACCAGCUGCUACUGAUGAGGAGAUAGACAUGGCUCAGUCUUGGGUAGAGGAGGACACACCCACUGGCUUCCAGCGACAGUUUGAAAUUUUGAGUGAGUGUUCUGUGCCUGACGGGACAGAAGACUACUACAGCUCUCAGAAUGAGGAAAAUGAAGACAAGAACAGAUAUUCUCAGAUUCUGCCAAAUGAGAUGCAUCGAGUCAAGCUUCGAUUCUCACCUUCUGGUUCUAACUACAUCAAUGCCAGCUACAUUCAUGGCUACCAACAGAGGCGAGCGUACAUAGCCACUCAAGGUCCCCUGGAGCACACCACUGGAGACUUGUGGAGGAUGGUGGUGGAGAAUGAGUGCAGCUGUAUCGUCAUGCUCUGUACCCUCAGGGAGGGGGAGGAGAAGGUGUGCCAUCGCUACUGGCCCAAGUUCCAAGGAGAGGCAGGAACUUAUGGUGACUUCACUGUCACUCAGCAGACAUUCGACGCUUACGGUGACUACGUUGUCAGGAAGCUAUCUGUUGCCAUGGCAGCUUCCGAUGAGAUCCCUUCCAAAGUGACACAGUUUCACUUCACCCACUGGACCGAGAAGGACCCCCCACAGAGCCCUGCCGCUAUAUUGGACGUUGUGCAGGAAGUGAAUGCUGUUCAGAUGGCCUCAGGCAAUAAACCCAUUGUCGUCAUGUGCAACAAUGGGAUUGGUCGCACUGGAGUGUUCAUCACCCUGCAUGCUCAACUGGAGCGACUCAAGAUUGAGGGCGUGGUCGAUGUGUUCCAGUUCAUCAAGUUUGCUCGCAAACAGAGGGAGGGACUUGUUAGCAGUCCUGAGAUGUAUGCUUUCUGUCACGAGGCACUGGCUGACUAUGUGGACAGUUUUGAAACUUAUGCCAACUUCAAAGAACUGGUUUAAUUAACAUUAACUCACAGAAACAUUUGAUUUUAGAUUUACUGCUGCUUUUAUAGUUUUAGAUUGUAGUACAGACUCAGAUUAUACCAAUAGCAAAACUGCAUGUGAAUGUGUUUACCACUGACUUUUAUGAUACUGAAUUAUUGCACUCGCUGGGGUGAGAGUGUGUUAUUUAACGUGUGUUAUUACCAAUUCUCUCCCCAUCCACCAUAUUGCAGGUUUCUCCGCAGUGUGGUUGGCGUAACGAUGAGAUCAAUGCUCGUAUUGAGCGUUUUGAGGCAGACUCUAGUGGAGUGGAGGAGGACGAGGGACUCUACGCCACCUACGCCAUGCUACACACCUAUCGCAAUGAUGGAUAUCCCAUGGAGCUGAGGAGUGUUGUAUGAAAAGACCACUCCCUCUGAGAGAGGACGACCUCGGAGAGUGGGAGGGGCCAGACCAGAAACCACCACCACUACCCCAUAGUCUCAACAGCUGAGCAGCUACAAGGAUCUGAGGUGUCACCUGACCUGUCGCACUUUUUAGAGUCAACCUUGAUGAACCCAAACAUCUCAGAUAGAGGUACGUUCAAGAGGAUCCCUGUGUACAGAGACCCUGCUGGGGGUACGGAUUUGCAUCAUUUAAAUUUGACUCUCUGCUCAGUUUAGUUCUGUACUAUGCCACCACCACGAUGGAGAAACACAACCCUGAACUGGAGACAAUGCUUAGAUACCCUGCAUUCCAUGUGGACAGGGGCCGUUAGCAACUGAACUAGCAGGUGUACAGUAUUGUAUGUGUGUGUGUGUGUGUGUGUGUAGGAGUAUACUUACUAUGAAUAAUAAUUAUAAUUGA